AACCAUUCAACUACUUCCCUCUUACUUCUUUCCUCCCCUCUCUGUGUUAUCCAAAAUGUAAUGCCUUUGUCUUCCUAAGUUGACCACUUUUUUCCCAUCACAACAUUUCUAGAAGAUGCGGAAAUUAGUGGGGGCUGUUCUUAUUUCCUUUUUCUUGCUCUCCGUUUUCAGUAUUUCAUCCCCAGGAUUUGGAAACACCUUCAUCUCUAAAUUCAAUUUAUUAACCCCAAAGUUUUCCUCGCGUAUUCAUCGCUUGUAUCAUCAUUCCCAUAUAUUUGGACCAAGAGUAUUAGUUAGAGGGCAUUCGAAUAUAGUUGUUAGAAGUUUGAAAAUGGGAAAGGGGAGUUAUGUUGACGGGCCUUUGCAAGAGGAGUUUACAUUUCCUGCCAAUUCUGUUCCUUUCAACAACUGUCAUGCUUCUACAAUUGUGGAGGUUGAUAAGGAUCAUUACUUGGUUGCAUAUUUUGGUGGUACAUUAGAGGGCGCACCGGAUGUGAAGAUUUGGUUGCAAGCUUUUAAGAAUGGCUCCUGGCACUCCCCUAUUGUGGCUGAUGAGGAGCCUGACAUUCCAAUGUGGAACCCUGUCUUGUUCAAACUUCCGUCAGAUGAGCUGCUUCUGUUUUAUAAAGUGGGCCAAGAAGUUCAAAAAUGGAGUGGGUGCAUGAAGCGGUCAUAUGACAAAGGCAUUACUUGGACAGCGAGAGAACAGCUUCCUCCUGGUAUCUUAGGACCAAUAAAGAAUAAGCCAAUCUUGCUGGAAAAUGGAGUUUUACUCUGCGGAUCUUCAGUUGAAAGUUGGAACUCUUGGGGUGCAUGGAUGGAGGUCACAUCUGAUUCAGGUAGGUCAUGGAGAAAGUUUGGCCCAAUAUACAUGAAAAAUCGAUCUCUCAGUGUCAUUCAACCAGUUCCUUACCAGACUGCAAAUGGAAAUCUGCGGGUUUUACUUCGAUCCUUCACAGGUAUCGAUAGUAUUUGUAUGUCAGAAUCCAAUGAUGGUGGUCACAACUGGAGCUUUGCAAUACCUACAAAUCUUCCUAAUCCAAACUCAGGUAUUGACGGAGUCAAACUGAGGGAUGGUCGUUUAUUACUUGUUUAUAACACGGUAUCAAGAGGUGUGCUUAAGGUUGGCCUGUCUCUGGAUGAUGGUGACUCAUGGCAAGAUGUUAUGACCUUGGAGGAUGAGCCAGAAAAUGAAUUUUCAUAUCCAGCCGUCAUCGAAGCUAGUGAUGACUCAAUUCACAUCACAUACACAUACAGGAGAAAGCAGAUUAAGCAUGUUGUCUUCAAACUGAAAGUGCAUGAGAAACAUUAACGAUGAUAACUAAGGAAGCAAAGCUCUGUAUCAGUUGGAAAGAGUUAAAUGAGCAAGGCCAAUAAUCUGCAACAUCCAAACUCUCUAAUCUUGGAAUAAAAUGCUGAGUUACGGAGCACCAUUUGUACAUUUGGGUGUGAUUGUUUCCUUCAUGUGGUGUAUUCAUCAAGAUGAGCUGUAUUGAGCUUAUGCAGAACUCUUGUAUGUAUUACCAUCAUUUUUCUUUUGGGGGAGAGAUGGAUGUAAUUGUAACAGUUGAAAUGUGCUUGAAUGAAGGAAUAAAAUAUGACUGUAGCAUGUCCAUAUUUCCAUAGAA